UCUGUGCAGGAUGUGAUAUUGAAAAUUUCCCAUUUGACGUCAGUAAAAGGAAUGAGAAAACAGAGUGUUUCAAAUUUGGGCAAAAGCUUCUACAUUUCGGAGGCGGCCACACCUUAUCACUGCUAGUAUCCGUUCUUUGCCGUUGAGCUCGGGGACAAUCGAAUGGGCAAUCCAAAGCAGAAGUGGACCUCCGAAGAGGAGGAAGCGCUGCGCGCCGGGAUCGCCAAGCACGGCGCCGGAAAGUGGAAAAAUAUUCAGCGAGACCCCGAAUUCAACCACCUCCUCUUCUCUCGCUCCAACAUUGACCUCAAGGAUAAAUGGCGGAACUUGAGUGUAGCGAACGGCCAAGGGCCUAGAGAUAAAUCAAAGACACCAAAAACAAAGGCGAAUCCUGCUGAAGCCCCUGUGACUCCACUCCCAUCUUGUCAGGAUGCGUCCACUGAUGUAGUCAUGUUAGAUUCUUCGAGGCCCUUACCUGAUGGAAAUAAUGCUUCCAAGUAUAAUUCAAUGAUAUUUGAAGCAUUGUCUACUCUUCAAGAGCCAAAUGGUUCAGAUUCUGGUGCAAUCGCUACUUAUAUUGAGCAAAGGCAGGAAGUACCACAGAAUUUCAAGAGGGCACUGAGUUCUAGAUUGAGGAGGCUUGUGCAGCAAGAUAAACUUGAAAAGGUUCAGAAUAAUUGCUACAAAAUCAAAAGUAAAACACAGUUAGACACAAGAAUCCCGAUAGCAAGACCGAAAGAACUGCAUCAGAGCAUUGGUUAUCUAGGCAAUACAGUCGAGGAAGCAGCUGUGUGUGCUGCUUAUGAAAUCGCAGAAGCUGAAAACAAAUCAUUUGUUGCUGCUGAAGCAGUGAAAGAGGCGGAAAGGGUUUCCAUGAUGGCCGAGGACAUGGAAUCACUCCUCCAGUUCGCUACAGAUUGUCACGACCAAAGUAUGCGAGGCGAAAUUGUUCUGAUGGCGUAGGAUCUAUCAACAAUAGAGAUAUAUCGAGAACAUAUUUCAGAAACGUGUAAAAAACUAAGCAGUUGCGUUGUUUUUGUAGACGAAGUAUGCGUGCAAUUGUUGUACUAACUUAAAUUCAUUUACCAGAAAUGAAAAGAUUCUUCAAGCUCGUAUUGGAGCUUAUUAAAUGAUUAAA